GAUGCCGGGGCUUUGAGAACUGUUAACGGACAGACCGGGACUCUUGUGCUGGAUAUCAACGGCCAAGUGUUGUCCGCUACGGGUGAACUACGAGGAACCUCCGGGGAGAUCGCAGCAGAAACUAUCUACUCAAUGCUGCAGGACUCAAGCAGCGUGCUGGACGCCAGUCAAAAGGAGGAGCUACAGCGCAUGACCAUUACCUUCCCGACGUACGACUACGUCGUAACGCUGGAUGCCGAGCAGGUCUACGUGGUCAAGCGUAGCUCAGUCCAGGAUUAA